GCAACAUUGUUUUCAGGAUUAUACUGGGCCAUAUCGUGAACAAGAAGCAAAGUACAUGGAGAGAACUGACGAAGCAAUUUUCAACCGAGCAGCUGAAGAACAUAUACGUCAACCUGCUCCUUAUGAUGAUGUUGACUCAGUCAAGGUGAAACCAUAAUUUUGUGCUCCACGCCCAUCCCCAUGGAAUGACAUUGCCCCCGAUCUUUUGAUGCGCCCUACGCCCCUGUUUACACAGUACAACUUAAGUUGUAAUUUAAAUCGGCCUUACUCUCGAUUUCAAUUUGCUUGUCAAAACUGACUUCCAAUGUUUACUGUACUUGUAAAUUCGGAAUGUUCAUUGUAAAGUUCUGAAGUUUGUGUUGAAGUUUGUUCCGAUGGUUUACUAUGAUUCGAUAGCAAGCGAUUUGAUUGGCUGGUUCAUUUAACUAGCCAAUUACAACUUACUAAACUUGAUUAUCAGAAAUCAUCGCAAUGAACUUCAACAGAAACUUCAGAACUUUAUAACGAACAUUCCGAAUUUAAGAGUAAACAUUGGAAGUCAGUUUUGAAAAGCAAAUUGAAAUUGAGAGUAAUAUAACCUCGUAUUUUCUUGUAGAAUUUUGGUGGUGCAAGUCAAGGUAUCAGUCGCAUACCAUCAGACGAGCAACUGUGUCUGUCACCCCCCUGGCCACCAGGGUAUGAAGUGGAUGAUGGGAUACCGUUAGAGGACAGUAAAGUUGCAGAAGCUGCCCCAAGUGAGGGAAACAGCUAUCAUGUUGACGAUAUGAUAUCACAAGCGAAGUUACGAGCUGAUGCUAGGAUUGGUGCUACAACAUGGCAAGAAAAGGACGCAAUGGAUUUUACUCGGGUAAUCUUUCUUUAUGUUAUAAACCUUUCAAUGCUGGUUAAUUUUUGAAACAGAGAUGUAUGGAAAUGUAUUUUCAGAAUUAAAACCCUUCGAGAAAGUUCUACCAAGAACCUGUUGAAUUGUGGUAGUUUAGGAUGUUCUCUGAGUUCCUUACUUUUAAAAAUGUAUGAGGCAACUUAGCGUUGUUUUGCAAGUGAUGAGUGAGUGCCUAGCUUCUAUACUGUAUUUUAAACAUGACUCUGUGUUGUAGAAUUAUGCAGAGGAAGGGUCUUUGGAGAAUUCCCGACGUCCCUCAUCAGAAGAUAUAUCUUUGACUCCGCCUUGGUUAGACACUGAUAAAGAAUCAUCUUGCAAGGUAUUUGUCAUUCUGGUACAUAUUUUCUGUGAAACAAGUUUGAUUCACGUGUGGGAAGUGUGCUUCCAGUAAUAAGUUUAGAAAGCUUCGGAUUGAUACAACUGCAUGAAAAAUACAAGAAAAAUGUCGACGUUUCGAGCGAAGUCCCGGCCCUUUGACUAACUUCCCGACGAUUGACGAAAGUCCUUCACUGAACACGUUGAAGUUCUCCUUGUAUUAUUCAGGUAGUUGUAUCGAAUUGCGGUCUGGGGGAAGGGGAUGAUGGGUGGUAGGGGAUGAUGGGUGGUAGGGGAAGGGCCUGUCCCGAGGUAGCAGGGCUUGAAGGAAAUCUUAACAACCAUGCCCCACUAUGGACGCAACAACAUAUGCUUGACAGAUAUUAUUCCUUCAAUUUAAAAUCAUGGUCAGCUAGAACACUAUAUGUUUAUGCACAUGCAGAUUUAGCACAAAAAUACUCCGUUGCACUUCCUCUGCAGGAAAUUUUUGUCUCCAGGUUGUGCUCCCAGGAAGAAAAUUAUUUUUUUCUGCCCUGAUUAUAUUGAGAUUAUACGCACAAACCAUUCAAGAUAAUACAUUUAGAACUGAUAGAACUACCCAGAAUAAACACGAGGAGCGUAGUGGAAAUAGCCUGGGUACGAGGUUUGUAUAAACAAAGUAAGUCCUUCUUCCUUACAGGAUGCUGAGGAACAAGUCCUAGAUGACAGUGAACUUCCAUCUGCAGAUCCACCAACAACCAGUGCAAUCCUCACAAGUACACCAAUAACAACACAUACACCACUACCAAAAACUAACUCUCUUCCCUCUGUCACAAAACCUCCUCUGACUGAGCCUUCACAAAGCCCUCGUGCUGCAAAAAGAACACCAACUAUCCCACCUGACCCCACAAGUGUACCUGGAAAUACCUCAGAAACCCUUCCUCCACAAAGACAUACGCCCCAAGGACAAAAUCCAGAUCGGAACAACGUAUGUGCAAAUCCUGUAGCAGCCUCGCGCCAUCCACAAAUGAAACCUUAUGGGGAGAUAUAUAAUAAUAGAUAUCCAUCACCCCACAAACCGUAUAAGGGUAAUGACACGUACUACGACCCUUCUAAUAUGGGAACCGUACCUAUAUCUUAUCCGGUAAACCUACCCUACGGUAACAAUCUCCCCAAUCCCCGAAUGCCCUACACUGCAGCUAGCCCUGGUGCAGAAUAUUUACAACAAUCAAAUCUAAAACCAUACAACAGAAUGCCAACAUUCAAUCCACGUCAAUAUCGGCCAAGACUGCAAGGGAUUUCUAACAGAUCCCAAAUAAAUCCUACAAAUCCCUCAUAUUCCAAUAUACCACACCCAUACCCUAAUCCAGGCUACUUCAGCCCGCCUCACGCUCCGAGGACAACGCCGCCUCGUCAGGCAAUAAACAGGUAUGAGUCGCCUUACUACGGUCCUCAAGCAGGCGACUGGCAAUACCAAGUCAGACAACCUCAGAUGCCAAUUCAGACCCAACCCCCUCCAAUAAACACGGCUGAUUUUGCCGCUGAUGAAGUGAUUAAUUUUGCUACUGAAGAGAAGCGUAUUCUGCCUCCACCUGAUCGUCCCAUGGGAGUACCGGCACCCGAUAUACAUCGAAAUAUGCCAGCUCCGGAACAUCAACGGGGAAUACCCGAGGUCCAUCGUAACGUGUCCGAAAUGCCACGUAACGUUCCAGAGUUCCAUCGUGAUGUUCCAGAAUUCCGUCGAGACCUUAUGGCCGCCGACAACCGCCGACGUAUUCCAAUGCACGAUCAUCAGCGCGUAGUACCAGAGUUCCCACCUAACAUUCCUAACAGGGGCAUCUAUUCGGACUUUCCCGAUGAUAUCACGACAGUUUCCGACAGUGACGUCAGUCCUGUGAUGUCAACACGAAGUGGAAGUCAGUCCAGUCUUGUUGUGCAGUACUCUAACACGCCACAUCAAGAUAGUACUGAGACAGAAAGCGUGAUGAGCUUCACAAGUGGCGCGUCCACGCACCAAGACCUCGACUCAAAAAUUGAUCAAGUUCGAAACAUUUUGGCCGUCAUAGACACACGAGACGCCAAGGAGACAGCACAGUUUUUGUACAGUCUUUCAAGUUCCAAAGAAAACUGCCAGGCUAUGAGAUUAUCUGGGUGUUUGCCACUCUUGAUACAACUUCAACAUAAGUCAAAACUGCGAGACCCGCGUGUAGCACAAGAAGUUCGCGCGAGAUCCACGCACGCCAUUCGGAACAUUAUUGUGGCAGGCUCGGAAGAUAAACGUGGCAAAAGAGAACUUCGCGUGCUUCGGUUGAUUGAAGUCGUACGCAGUUAUUGUACCGAGGUUCGUUAUGUUCGUAACGUUCCCAGCUCGUCCAAACUUAGCGCACUGAAUAACGCAUUGGCCGCCAUUACGAAACUGUCUUUUGAAGAAGAACAUCGAGUUGCAAUUGGGGAGCUGGGCGGGGUCGAGGCCAUUGGCGAAUUCUUGGAACUUAGUUUUGUGAACAAAGACGGAGAUCUCUCAUUGGGUAAGUUAUCUAUUUAUUCUCAGAACUAUAAAUGCCAAUACAACCGUGAACAGAUACUGUGUCUGUCAACAAACACAGCACUCCUUAUCACGCCUAAGGAUCAACAAGCGUCUUGUUGAUAAAUUAUUUUCUCAUAAUUUAUUUUCAUAUUUCAGGCACCAAUGUGCGUAAGUGUGCCUCAAUGACCCUCACGAAUAUGACGUUUGAAAAAACCCGCAGUAAGGCGUUGCUAGGCAACUCAGCAGGUAUCGUCAGAGCCUUGUUGAAAAACCUCAAUGUUUUGAACGACGAAGGCCUCAUUGAAGUCUCGGCGAGUGUUCUUCGGAAUCUAUCGUGUAAAUCCGACGAACGUAGUAAAAUGGUUUUACAAGAAUGCAAUGCGGUCUCAGAAUUGAUGACUGCAGCGCAGAAAGUCAGUGUUGAAUCAACCUUGCGUACGGUACUUUUUGCAGUUUGGAACAUGUCGGCUCAUAGUUCAGAGAAUAAAGUAAAGAUAUGCGAGACUCACAAAGCACUUGGAUUUUUGGUACAAAAUUUGGCGUACAAAAGUCCCAGUAAUUCUCUGAAAGUGGUCGAGAGUAGUGGUGGAAUAUUGCGCAAUUUAUCCUCACAGAUCGCGGUGAAAUCUGAAUACCGUGCGACGUUGCGUGAGCACGAGUGUUUUAAAUUUCUGCUCGCGAACUUACGUUCUCCCAGUCUGCGUGUUGUAGGAAACGCGUGCGGAAUAUUAUGGAACUUGUCAGCACGUUGUGAAACGGACCAGGAGUUACUUCUUAAAAUGGGAGCGCUGCCUUUGCUUAAACCUCUCUUCACGUCUAAAAAUAAAUCGAUUUCCAAAGGAGCCGGGGCCGCCAUCAAGAACUUGCAGAAUUAUAAAACUGCUCAUCCAGGUCGUGAUUCUCCGUCAGAGACUCGGAAACAGAACGGAAUUCUUCGGCAAGAGAACGGAUCACCUUCGACACCUCGAACGAAAGGAAAGUCACGUGAUGCACAUUCAUUGAAUAGUUUUACCGGAAGCGCAGACGACAUGACCAAGGAAAAUGCAAAACAGAGUUCACGCUCUAAAGAGGUUUGAUCUUUUUAAAUACUUUUAGCUCUCAGUUGUAACAAUGCUGUAACAACAUUGUUGACAACUUGUUCUGAGGAUGCAGCACAACCUUGUUCAAGUCUGUCGAUAUCAACUGGGAACAGGUUGUACGUUUUUACGCGUGUACACACGCAAAAAUUUCGCAUCUUGUAGCAAGUUGUCAAGAAGCCGUCAGUGGCAAGACAACAAACCGUUGUCUUGCCACUGCUUGUCACAAGUUGUCAACAAGUUUGGAACAAGCUGUUAACAAUUUGUAACAACCUUGUUGAUAUUAUCAGGCUUGUUACAAAGUUAUUCCAACAAGUCCGAUACAGUCAUGAUAUAUUAGUAUUGUUACAACCUUGUGUCGUCGACCUUGUAACAUUUUUGUUCAUCAUGACUGUAGAACAACCUUGUGACAAGUCUGAUAAUGCCAUCAAGCUUGUUACAAGUUGUUAGCAGCUUGUUCCAAACUUGUUUCAACAACUGGGAACGAGCUGUGCGAAGACAACUUGUUGACAGCUUGUGGACAGAUUUGUAACAACUUGUUUGUAGACUUGUGGGUUUUUACGCAUGUAGUAAGCCUUGAACCUUUGACAUGUUUGCGCUGCAUGCUAGCUUUAAUCUAACCAUCGCCAUGUUGCUAAUGAACCCUUACAACUGUCUAGAAUGGUGAAAAUGACGCAGGUAAUAGAACGAAAGGCGUACGAUGGUCAGACGACAAACGUGGAAAAGAUCCACAAAGGAAAACAUCAAACGAUCGAAAACGAGGCGAUAGUUCCCCGGAUGAACAGACCGCGCAAACAUCGAGAAACCUGGGAACGAGGGAUAGUGUGAAUGAUGUGACAAGUGGUGUUGCACAGCUACGUAUCGGAGAAAAGUCCCGGAGUAAGAAGUCCGAGGGUUCUUAUUCAUCACCACGAACUAAGAAGAAGUCUAAGACUAAAAAACAUCAUUCAGGAGGCGAUGACGUAACCGAUGAGAACUUACGGUUGUCACAAGAGUCUCAAUUAAAUCGCUCGACGUCAAGUCGUCAAGGUUCGGCUAAUGGUCGGCGCCAUGCGUCGUCUGACGUUCAACACGCGGAAACAUCUGCAAAGCAUCCUGGGAAAGUGACGAAGGGUAAAGAUGGACGGAAAGGGACAUCAGGUGGUCGCGAAGAUGAUCCGGAAGUAGCACGGUCUGGAGACGAAAGUCCACGAAACUCUCCGAUGUCUGGCCGUCACAAUGUUAGAACUACCCGCAUGAAUUCCGAGGAAAAUGGUGAGCAUCAAUCACAUAUUUUGUUCUAACAAAAUUAAUAACUGGCAUCGCUCCAGGGUGCCAAUAUCUCCAGAGAAUUUUCAAUGAGGUCCUUUCUAACUUUGAAUAUAUAUCUUGGAUGUCAAUACAGUACCUUCGGUCCUACAUAAAGCCCACAUUACAUGUAGAAUGAACAUUGGCAUAAUUACUUUUGGCAGCAUUUUUCAUCAACUUUAAACAUCUUGUUUUUGUCUUAUGUGUUGAAGAUUACCACAAACUGACACACACACAGUUUUUAAUGCAGCCCCCCCCCCCCCCCCCCCCCCCCCCCCCCCCUCGGCAUCUGGCGUCCGUGUUGACAUAAACGUGGAUUUUAAGCUUGGAAGGCUGAAUGUUUAAUCCUCCAUGCCUAUGUCAACGUCGACAUGUUUUUGUUCUCGGCUAUUUGUGGUGCUUGUUUCCUUGUUUUGUUUGACUUGCGUGGGCUUUGAUGAUUAACUUCCUGUUUUUUGUAUGGAAAGAUCUCAUGACAUAUUGAUAACUGUCUUCCUUAUCUAGACGCCUUCCUGCUUCAGCUGGCUCUACUCACAUCCUGUUCGCCUGCUUGGCAUCUUUAUUACCUUGAAUCCAAUUCUCUCUGAUAUAGCUUUCCCUGAAAGCUGGUUCACACCAGCAAAGUUUCCUUGAUCACAGUAGGAAUUUUGUAUUUUGAGUAAAUUCUAAGUUUUGAAGGAUUUGUAAGAAAUCUUUGAGGGAACUGACUCAUUAAACACACAGUCGGUUCCCUCAAAGAUUUCUUACAAAUCCUUUAAAACCUAGAAUUUAACUAGUCUAUGGAAGAUUCCUACUGUAAUCACAGAACCUUCAACUUGCAGUUCUCAGAAUGAGAAAAUAAUGUUAAUUCGUUUCAUUUUAUGUACUAUUUAAAACACGAACAGCAGUGUUUUAUGUCUGAUAGGUCUGAUAAAACACGCACUGUGAAUGUUUUAAAUAGUACUUCAAAAACGAUCGAUCUAGUAAGUUCAUUGGCGAAGUAAUCGAAGUCGUCAAAAAAUACGUUGUGUAAGACGAGAAAAUCAAAGUUAAAGUUUAUGUAAAUCAAGGGAAAUCUCUAUCACGUGCGUAUCACAAGAUACGACACACUUAUGAUUUUUCUUUGUGCCCUCAUGAAUUAUGAAUGAUUUUUGAAGUACUAAUAAAGUGUUCAUGAGGUAGUCAAUAUUUCUGAAGUUGGCCGCCAUCUGCUGUUCUGUAACCUUACUGAAACCCACCAAUGUUGUGUUUUUUACAGAUCGUGAUUUCAACGACGAAAAAGGCCCAAGAGAUGUAGCGCGGUGUCAGUGCGCAGACGACUCCGAGGUCUGGGUGAAGAGAAAUAAAAUCUGCAGUCAUUGUCAGAAAAGAAGAGUUUCGCACUCCUCCGAUUCCACGAGCGGCUCUCGACGAAGUUCAUACGAGUCUUUGUCGUCGUCAAACCGACAGCUUAAUCGGAAGGAACCACAAACUAACGGAACUGCCUACGUGACAACAAUAUAAGGUCUUGUCCUAUUGGUGGCUUUGACUGAGAGUAAUGGUGCAGUAGAUGGUAGUCUUUUGUGAGACUUGUCAAAACAAGAACAUUGAACUGCAGCAAAAUACAAAGCUAGCACACAUAACGAAAAUAAUUAACAUUACUUUCUGGUCUUUCUCACUGCCGUUUAACCACCAUGUGCUGCACGAUAUUUCUGGGUGAAACCUAUAUUAACCUCUUGGCAUUUUACCUUUUUUAGUGGCUGUUAUUUUAACAGGCAAAAGUAAGACCACAAGGAUUGUUUGGUUAAAUUUGCCUGUGAAAAAAUAUGCAUGAUUAAAAAGAAAUAUUCUGUUAAUAUUAUCAGGGGAAUUUAAAGAAAACAACUUCAACCUUUUCUUUUGUGUGCGUUUAUUUCUGGUGAAAAUAAGAAUUAGAAAUCUCGA